UUCUGCCGAGAAUAGUAAUGCUGUAAUGUAAUGAUAAUGAAAUGUACGCUUUCAUAUACCAUGAAAUAAGUGCAUAGUGGCACAUAAACAUUCCGGUUCGGUGACGUAUUUAUAAAAUUUGUUGUAAAAAGAACUGUAUAGUUUUUAUUCCAUACAAAUAUGAACUCACUGUUUUCUCUCAUAGUCUUUAUAUUUUGUUUUUCAUUGACGGCAAGCGAUGAACAUAAUCACAAAUAUGAAACAAAUGAAGAGGUAGUUUUAUGGAUGAACACUGUGGGGCCUUAUCACAAUAGGCAAGAAACAUAUGCAUACUUCUCAUUGCCAUUUUGUGCUGGACCUAAGAAAAGCAUUGAUCAUUAUCAUGAAACACUUGGUGAAGCUUUAUUAGGCGUUGAAUUAGAAAUUAGUGGUUUUGAGAUACGAUUCAAAGCUAAUACACCAAAGAAUCCUUACUGUGAUGUUGAUCUCAGUGAAGAACAAUUGCAGGCAUUUGUGUAUGCUGUGAAAAAUCAUUAUUGGUACCAGAUGUACUUAGAUGAUCUUCCUGUUUGGGGUAUUGUUGGUGAAUAUGUUGAAUCUGAAAAUAGUUACUAUUUAUGGACUCAUAAAAAAUUUGAUAUUGGCUACAAUGGGGAUCAAAUAGUGGAUGUGAACUUAACAAGUGAAGCAAAAGUGAAAUUAGAAAAGGGGAAAAAAAUAACUUUCACAUUUGAAGUUAAUUGGAAACCAUCCAGUGUCAAAUUUGAAGACAGAUUUGAUAAAUAUUUGGAUCCAAGCUUCUUUCAACAUCGGAUCCAUUGGUUCUCGAUCUUUAACUCUUUUAUGAUGGUUAUCUUUCUUGUUGGCCUAGUGAGCAUGAUUUUGAUGAGAACAUUGCGCAAGGAUUAUGCGCGAUACUGCAAAGAUGAGGAAAUGGAUGAUAUGGAAAGAGACUUAGGUGAUGAGUAUGGAUGGAAACAAGUGCAUGGAGAUGUUUUUCGUCCUCCAACAUACCCUACAUUGUUUACUGCUUUCAUUGGCUCUGGCUAUCAGAUUACAGUUGUUGUGCUUUGUGUGAUUAUAUUCUCCAUUCUUGGUGAACUGUAUACUGAGAGAGGAUCCUUACUAAGCACAUCAAUAUUUGUUUAUGCUGUUACUUCACCCAUCAAUGGUUAUUUUGGUGGAGGCCUUUUUGCUAGGAUGGGAGGGAAGAGAUGGAUCAAACAGAUGGUUGUCAGUGCAUUUUUCCUGCCAUCCCUUGUCUGUGGAACUGCAUUCCUCAUCAACUUCAUUGCUAUUUAUUAUCAUGCAUCCAGAGCAAUACCAUUUGGAACAAUGGUUGCUGUAUCUUGCAUUUGCCUUUUUGUAAUUUUGCCUUUGACUCUUGUGGGUACAGUCUUAGGAAGAAAUUUAUCUGGUCAACCAAAUUAUCCGUGUCGCAUAAAUGCUGUUCCCAGGCCCAUUCCAGAAAAGAAAUGGUUUAUGGAGCCAGGAAUAAUAAUAGCCCUUGGUGGAAUCUUGCCAUUUGGUUCUAUUUUCAUUGAAAUGUACUUCAUAUUUACUUCAUUCUGGGCUUACAAAAUUUAUUAUGUGUAUGGCUUCAUGCUGCUUGUAUUUAUCAUCUUAGCUAUUGUUACUGUCUGUGUGACUAUUGUAUGUACUUAUUUCUUACUCAAUGCUGAAGACUACAGAUGGCAGUGGACUAGUUUCUUAUCUGGAGCGUCAACAGCUGGAUAUGUAUAUAUGUACUCAUUCUAUUAUUACUUUUUUAAAACUAAGAUGUAUGGCUUAUUUCAAACAACAUUUUACUUUGGUUACAUGGCACUUUUUAGUGUAGCCCUUGGACUUUUAUGUGGUACAUUUGGAUAUGUGGGAACAAGCAUAUUUGUCAGAAAAAUCUACUCAACUGUCAAAAUAGACUGAGCAUAAGAUCUUCAUGUAUAUAGGUGAACAAACUUUGAAAAACAAUUGCUGCCAUAUAUAAGCAUGGAAAGAUAUUAGUUAAUAUAUAAAGAAAAAAAAAAACUUCAUGACUAUGUUGUGUAUUCAUGACUGUGUGAGUGAGAAUAUGUGAUUAAGGGUUUUGGCUUUUCUAUUGGCUUUUGGGAUGCACACUUGUACAAUCUGGAGAUAUACUAGUUUUUAUCACUUGGAGCAUUUUCUGAAGGUGAUGUGAUUUUCUCAAAUUGUUUGUAAUUAGUGGGACAGAGAGGGCUCACCAGAACAAAGUGGAAACUUAAGGAUUAAAUCAUAUCUUACACUUCACAGAAAAUAUUAAAUAAUUAGCAGCAAAAUACUUCAAUGCAAUAUAAAAUUGUUCCUAGAAAUAAAGUAUUUGUUCAAAAAAGUUGAGUAAUGAUUUUGAAGUUUGUAUCAAUAUUCAUGAUGUUGCAUUUCAAAAACGUACACAUUGGAUUUUUUUUCACAAGGUGCUAUAUCAUUUUGAAAAUCAAGAACUCCUUUGUAUUUAUUUGUCUACAUAUUAAUUUGUUUUCCAAAUGUUCUUUUCACUGCAAUUGAUUAACUACUUGAAAAUAAUAUACAAAUUGAAUAUUUCACUAAUUGUUAUACAUGUAAAACUAAUCAUAUUAAUUAACAAGGUCAGUUCUUAAAUGUUUAGCAACUGAUAUAUUGAUAAUUCUACUUAUUUUAUGGAAUGAAAAUGUUUAUUACCAAGCUCUUACAUUUAAGAGUAGCAUAAUAAUCUGAGUAAACUUUGCCGAAUUCAGCAUGUGUUUGAUACAGUUACAUGAUCCAUUUUUAGUUUUGUAUAGUACUCUGACAAAAGUUUUCAAACUUUUAAGAAUGAUUUUUUUUUUCUUUCAAAUAGCAUGUAUUCUCAGAUUCUCACGAAAUCUGUUAAUUUCAUGUACAGAAAUUGAUACCAAGGGUAUCGAAAAUGUUUUAUCUGUUUUUAAACUUUUCAAGAUAUUAUGUGUGUUAUUUUUUAUGUGUGUAAAAACUUUUAAUCAAAGGAAACUCAGUGACUGGGGGGAGGGGUGGGGAACAUCUGGGAAAAAAUUAUUUUAUUUUAAAAGUUUUAAAUGCUUAUUCAGAAACAAGUAUACCUUCAUAUACUACAUCUUUCAAUUAAAUAACAAUAAGCCCUCAAGUUUGUUUAUUGUAAAACUUUUGAUCUAUUAUACAUUUUUAAAAAUGUUUUAGUUUCAAUAUUAUGUGUUUCUGAUUUUUUACAUUCUGUGAUAUGUGCUGUGAAAGAAAAUGUAUGAAAGCUUACUCAUAAAUACAUCGGAAAAAUUUGUACAUAUGCAAGCCUCACUUACCCCUUCAUUUUUUUUUUCAAACUUAUUAAUUUCCAGACCACUCUAAGAAAGAUUUAGGAAAACCAAACCAAUAGUCAAAAAUAAAUUAUUAUUUGCUGUAAUUGUUUUUGAAACGGAAUAGCUUAGAAAUGAUUGUUGGCUUUUUCAAUAAAUUAUGAAGGUUCAAAGAAAACAGUAAAACCUUUAAAGUUGAUCACUGAAGUACCACACCGCAAGCGCUUAACUUAACACAGGUCUCACUAUAUUAAAUGUAGCAGAAUAACGACUCAUUUUAUUUUAAUUGUACAAUAAUCAAUGAUUUCACUAAUUACUAUAUGAUUGAAUAGUAGAUUUAAAUGUAAGUGCAUUGCUUCUAAAUUUUUUACUUCCUUCAAUUUAUUAGAUGAUCUAUCAAGUAUAUGUUUUCAAACAUAAUUCAAAUAUUUAUAAGUGGUGAUAACCUUCAUUGUUAUUCAUCCUUCACAAUAUAAUAUGCAAUUUCAAGGGUUAUUAUUAUUUUUUUUGUUCAUUGAUGCAUACAUAUUUUAAUUAUUUCACCAAUUUAAUUUCAAUGUCACUAAAAGGUCUGUUGAUAGAUGCUACAUCUCAUAUGUAUACUUACUCAUACAUUGAAGCAUUUAAAUAAUCUCGUAUUUGAUACGAGUGUAGUCAAAUUGUUGCAAACUAAUUUCCAUCAUUUUAUUUAAGUAUUUUAACAAAAUGUAAAACUUAUUUGGUAUCUGACUUGUUUUAAUUGAUACUAAUGUAGUGUCUGUUUUAGUUACUCAUAAGAUUUUUAUUUUUUAAAUACUUCUUUAGAGAUAAAUAAUAUCAAUAAUACUACUACUAAUAACAAUAUAACACAGUAAAACCUCGUUACAACAAUACUGUUAGGGGAACAAGGUGUUAUUCUCUAUAGAGUGAUGUUUCAAUUAUAUGUAAUAUGUUGUAAAUUAGUUCAAACAGCAAAUUUUGGCAGGUUUAAUAUGUUUAGUUGAAUUGAGAAAAAUGAUCUAACUUAAAUUAUCCAAGCAUACAUAAAUUAGAAACAUACUUGAUGGUAGAACAAUUUGUUUAGAUCCAUUUCUUGGAAGGAAAAUGUGGGGCACAUAAAGGAAAAGAUAAGUUAAAGGAUAACAAAUCUAGGUUGUUCAAAUAUAUAUAUACACAUAUAUAUAUAUUAGAGAUUUAGAGCGAGACCAUAUUGUUAAACUGAAAGGCUAUUUACAUAAUGUUGUCUUGAAUACAACUUCAUAGGGAUCACAAAAUACUGUAGCAACAAGGUUUUACUGUAAAAAAUGAUAUAAAAUAUGGAAAAAGUUUGCCAAAAAUUUAUGAUGUCAAAUUUCAUUUUAUGUACAGCAUUAGUAUAUACUAACUAAUGAUAAAGUAUUUUUUGUAAGCUAAAAAAUUACUUAAUGCUUUACAUAUAUCAAUUAAAUUUCUCUUUUGAAACAUCUUUGUUUCAUAAACAAUAUUGUAUUCAUUAAUGUUCUUCAUUUCUGCUGAAAGAUAAUUUCAGACUAAAAUUGAUACGUUGUACUUUUCUCAAUUUAUCCACACUAUAUCUUCAUUCUGUAAUACUGCAUUCAUUGUACUAAAUUUGUUUUUCUAUUAAUUCAAAAUAUAUGUACAAAAACUUUUUUUACAAUUCAAUGAAGAGUGACGGGCUGAUAGUGAUAAGAUAAAUUUCCUCAAAAGUACCCUUUGAAACUAUCAUUUAUUUUUAUUUUUAUUUAUUUUUUGCAAGAGCAGUUGUACAAAAAAACUGUAUGAACUAAACAAGGCAUUGAAUAUACCAUAUAAGAUGUUAUAGGCAGAAGCAAUUAGUUAGUAGUUUUUUUUUUAAAGAGAAGAAAAUCAAGUCUUGUUACAAUAACAGAAAGAUACCCCUCCUCCUCCCUAAAUACACUAUGAAUUCCUGCCUAUAUGUGUAUUUAAAAUAAAAUUUUUAAUUGAUCAAACAGAUUCAAGGAAAGUAAUUAAGAACCCCCCCGACUUUUCCAACUACUGCUCCUGUGUCUAAAUGAGUUAAUUUUUCUCACUUCACUUAAUUUUAUAUCAAAGAAAUUACAAUGCAGUUUUUCAAUGAUAUUUUUCAACUUGGGAACUAAUUAAUGUCGCUAUUUUCUUCUAAAGAAAAUAAUUUAAAUUCAUAGCAAUAAAUCACUUGUAAUUCUUCUUGCUGUAAGCAAAAAAGGAAAAGUAAAUAAACAGUUAAAAUACUUCAGCUUAACAGAGAAUAUCCCAAAUAUGGUGAAAUAAAAUUUAAUAUGCAAUACUUUAAGAAAUUGAUGUUGAGUUGCAGAUUGAGUUACAUCAGUGUCACCGGAUGAUUAUUUUAACUUUUUUAAAUAGCUGAAUAUUCAAACGAUAGUUAGACUUCCUUGAAUUAGUGCAAUGUAUUGUAAAUAUAUCAAGGAUGUUUCAGCCUCUAUAAAACAGGCGUAUAGAACUAAAUUGUGUUUUAUUACAUUACGGAGUCAAAACAUUCAAUUUAUAAAUAGUUUUAAGUAUUUUUGAUGUUUUGGAAAAUAGUAUCCAAGUGAAAGAGAAUUGAAAUUUUAAAUAUGUACAUAGAUUAUUUGUCCACUUGACUACGAAAAAUGAACAAAUGUGUGUUGAAUUAUCUUUUUGCGACAUUUCAGACACAGAAGUGAUUUAUGUGUAUGUUGCUUUCUUAUAUGGUAAUUAAAACAUAAACUCAUG